AAUGAUCACAGAGCCAGAUUGGAUUAGUGAAACCUAUUUACCAGAAGUUCAGAGCGGUUGCAUGAAGCUGAAAGGCAGUCAGUAGGGAGAGGCGGAAAAUGCACCAGAUUUACAGCUGCAGCGAUGAAAAUUUAGAAGUUUUCACCACUGUGAUUUCUUCCAAAUCAUGUAGUCCUGCCCGAAGACGAGCCAAAGCUACGCAGCACAUCCUAACAAAGAGUGUGGUUGCCAUAUCGGACCGCCGGCCCCACCAGGGUGACCUCCUGCACGUGCUGUACGAGGCCAGGGGCGAGGAGGAGGCACGGGGAGUGGGCUGCCUGCAGGGUGCCCAGCGUGGAGCCUGCCUCGCCAAGGGCACUGCCCAGCACGCAGGAAUUACUGAAAAAGAGUCAUCCAAGUCCCAUAAUCAUCUGUUGGAUGGAAAAUCUUUGAUUCCUCCAUCUCCAGUUGCCCAUAUCACAGUGAAAGCUGUGGCUGUCACGGGCUCGCCCACACGCGACCGCACUUCUACGGAAGACCACAGGCAGCGCUGGAGGAAGACAACAGAGUAUGACCUGGCCCUGCCACCAGCAGCAGAAGCUUCCCUACCACUGACAGGAGGCAACCUGUGUGGGACACCCAGCCUCCUGAGGAAGAUGUGGAUGAAGCACAAGAAGAAGUCAGAGUACCUAGGGGCAACAAACAGUGCCUUUGAGGCGGACUGAUAAGGCUCAGCAUCCCUUGGAAAGGCAGAAGGUCCUUUAGCAGGACAAGGUGCUUUAGGAUCAAUGAGGGAACAGACACAGCACAGCUCAUCCAGGAAAAUUCUAUCUUUUUUAUUAUUUGAUGCCAUUUCCUCAGAACAGUGGGAAAAAGGCUAACAAAGGUAAAAACAGUGAAUAUGAUGCAACUCAAUGGCAUUGCCUUGUUGCAUUACACUAAAAUCCCAACUAUCCCACUAGAUUUGCAUCUUGACUUGAUGCUGAGACUACUGCUGACCCAUUCACCAUUUUCUAUGUCCUGUUUGAAUGAGCUCGGACUUGCAGCAAGAGAAGCCUACAAAGAGGUUUGUGUAUUCCUGCAAGGCAACAGAUUGAUUACAGAGUGCCAUUAAAUCCCAGGGACCUAUUUGUUGUGCACCACUGCUUGUCAUCUUUCCCCGCUCAUAUCAUGAGAUAAAAAUCUCAUCUUGCGAUAUGCUUGGCUGAAUGACACAUGCCAAACAACUCUUUUCCUUCAGUUCUGGUGAAAAGAGAGGAGUAAAAGAAGCAAAAAUUCUAAAACAAUGGGCCAGAACUGAGCAAGUUUGCAAACAUAUGUACCAAACUUGGCUAUGUGAAAAGUGUGUUUUAAGGUGUUCUGCCAGAUCAAACUAUGAGCAAUAGGGUAACCUCGAGGGAUACUUUCUGCCAUAGAACCUGCUUAUAAGUGAAAUGGUAGUCAGCAAUUUACCCUCUACCCAUGUGGUAGAGGAUAUUACAUUAAGUGCACAAAAUACUAGGAGGAAGGAAAGUAUGUAAAUGGUGCAACUGGGUGACUAAGUAUGAGAUAUUUGCAUGUAAGAGACCUGUGCUUAUGAACAGGUGGAUUUAAUGGAAUUUGCUUUUAAUUUUUUUUUAAUUUUUUCUUAUUUUUUUUCAAUUUAGAAAUUGCUGGUCAGGUCCCCUUUGGUUUUUCUCUCAAAAAAGAACAAAUAAGUUUUAUAAAAAAAGUUUUCACCGCUGUUAUGGGCCAUAUUAUAUUAGUCAUGAGCAGUACUUGCCUUCUGUGAGUGCUCUCCUAGUUACUAUAAAAAACCACUGGUUUCCCUAAAUACAAACUUUAAAUAUAAAGUUGGAGGAGGCGUAUCUCCUGUUGUUUAUAGUAAUGAUGACCUCUAAUCUAACCGCCAGUGCACCAAAGCGUGAAUUAAAAAUAAAGGUCUGACUCUGUGACAGCAGCAGAGGGAAGGAGCUCCCAUCUGAAACUUGCUUGCCUGCAGCCAGUGCAGUGAAAUGCACUGAGAUGCCAUCACAGACAGUGCCAUGGUAGUGAAGAGCAGCUGGCCCUGGUCAAGAGACCACCUGGAUGGGAGGGAAAGACAGCCAUGACUUCUGGCUUUGAGUGGAGCAGCACACAGGAGAGGUUUUGCAGCUUCACAGCCUGAGCAAUCAAAGUUCAUGGGAUGGGAAAACAAAUGGAGCGGGCCAGUAGC